AUGACCAUGUUGACAAAAAGCGAAAAUAUGCGAGACAGGCUCCAGGAAUCUCUCUCUGCUCAUCGAAACGAGCUCGUUUCGCUCCUUUCCAGGUAUGUUGCUAACGGAAAGGGGAUACUGCAAUCUCAUGACCUGAUAGGGGAGCUAGACAAUGUUGUUAAGGAAGACAAAUCAAUGAAGAUGCUCAAGUAUAGCCCAUUCAGCAAAGUCCUUCAAUCUGCACAGGAAGCUAUAGUUCUGCCUCCUUUUGUGGCUAUAGCACUUCGUCCAAGACCUGGUGUUUGGGAAUAUGUCCGUGUUAAUGUCUUUGAACUCAGUGUGGAUCAUUUGAGCGUUGCAGAGUAUCUUCGAUUUAAAGAAGAACUAGUGGAUGGACAGUGCAAUGACAACUAUGUUCUUGAACUUGAUUUUGAGCCAUUUAAUGCAACAUUCCCUCGACCAACUCGAUCAUCAACCAUUGGGAAUGGGGUUCAAUUCCUCAACCGUCACCUAUCUUCAAGUAUGUUCCGUAAUAAAGAAAGUUUGGAGCCUCUACUUGGUUUUCUUCGUGCACACAAACAUAAUGGUCAUGCUAUGAUGUUAAAUGAUCGGAUUCAGAAUAUUUCUAAACUUCAGUCUGCUUUGGCAAGGGCAGAGGAGUAUCUUUCUAAGCUGCCACCAAGUACACCAUAUUCUGAGUUUGAAUUUGAAUUACAAGGAAUGGGAUUCGAGAGAGGCUGGGGUGACAUUGCACAGCGGGUGUCAGAGACAAUUCAUCUUCUGUUGGAAAUCCUUCAGGCUCCUGAUCCCCCAACCCUAGAGACAUUUCUUGGGAGGAUUCCUAUGGUUUUCAAUGUUGUCAUUGUGUCUCCUCAUGGCUACUUCGGCCAGGCAAAUGUGUUAGGUUUGCCUGACACUGGAGGACAGAUUGUUUAUAUACUUGACCAAGUGCGUGCCUUGGAGGAUGAGAUGCUUCUUAGAAUACAAAAGCAAGGACUGGAUGUCAUUCCAAAAAUUCUCAUUGUUACCAGACUAAUACCUGAUGCAAAAGGCACAACGUGUAAUCAAAGACUGGAAAGAAUCAGUGGAACAGAACACACUCAUAUUUUGCGUGUUCCCUUUAGAACUGAGAAUGGAAUUCUUCGAAAAUGGAUUUCAAGGUUUGAUGUGUGGCCAUAUUUGGAGACUUUUGCAGAGGAUGCAUCAAACGAAAUUGCUGCUGAGUUACAGGGUGUUCCUGAUCUAAUCAUUGGCAAUUAUAGUGAUGGAAACCUUGUUGCAACUUUGUUGUCCUUCAAGCUAGGAAUCACACAGUGUAAUAUUGCCCAUGCAUUGGAGAAAACAAAGUAUCCAGAUUCUGAUAUAUAUUGGAGAAAAUAUGAGGACAAGUACCAUUUUUCAAGUCAAUUUACUGCCGAUCUUAUUGCAAUGAACAAUGCAGAUUUUAUAAUCACCAGUACAUACCAAGAGAUUGCAGGAAGCAAGAAUAAUGUUGGACAGUAUGAGAGUCAUACAGCUUUCACACUCCCCGGGCUUUAUCGAGUUGUUCAUGGGAUUGAUGUUUUUGAUCCCAAGUUUAAUAUCGUCUCUCCUGGAGCAGAUUUGACCAUAUAUUAUCCGUACACUGAUAAGGAAAGGAGACUUACUGCUCUACAUGGUUCGAUUGAAGAACUCUUGUAUGGUACUGAGCAGAAUGAUGAGCAUGUUGGUGUGUUGAGUGAUCAAUCAAAACCUAUCAUCUUUUCCAUGGCAAGACUUGAUAGGGUAAAGAACUUAACAGGUCUAGUUGAGUUCUAUGGUAAGAGCAACAAGUUAAGAGAACUUGUAAAUCUUGUUGUGGUUGGUGGUUACAUGGAUGUGAAGAAGUCCCGGGAUAGAGAAGAAAUGGAGGAGAUAAAAAAGAUGCAUGGCCUCAUUGAGAAAUACAAUUUGCAUGGGCAGUUCCGAUGGAUAGCAGCCCAAAUGAACCGUGCUCGUAAUGGAGAGCUCUAUCGCUAUAUUGCAGACACAAAAGGUGCUUUUGUGCAGCCUGCUUUAUAUGAAGCUUUUGGUCUCACAGUUGUUGAAGCCAUGACUUGUGGCCUUCCCACGUUUGCCACCUGUCAUGGUGGCCCUGCUGAAAUCAUUGAGAAUGGUGUUUCAGGAUUUCAUGUUGAUCCAUAUUACCCUGAUCAGGUUUCUGCAAUUUUGAUUGACUUCUUUGAAAGUUGCCAGAGAGAUCCUGGCUACUGGGACAAGAUCUCAGAUGCAGGGCUUAAAAGAAUCUUUGAAAGGUACACAUGGAAGAUAUAUACUGAGAGGCUACUGACUUUAGCUGGGGUUUAUGGAUUCUGGAAGUAUGUGUCUAAGCUAGAGAGGAGAGAGACGAGGAGAUAUCUGGAGAUGUUUUACAACCUCAAGUUCCGGAAUCUGGUGAAGUCCAUUCCGCUGGCAGUUGAUGAGCAGAAUUGAAAUGUAUGUGCUGAAGAAAUUCUGUUUGUUAGUGUUCAGUAUGCAUGUGAUGAACAAUGUUCUUGUUGCUGUUUAAUAAGUUUCCAGGAAUGACUUUGUUGUAAUUUAUUUU